CUCUACAACCAGCGGUUGUAGACUAUUCAUCGUGCUCACAACUGAAAGCUGUAGCCAUCUAACAAGAUUCCAUUUUACACCUUGGUCGUGCCGGUUCCGCAAGAGUUGCUUUCGCACUACUGCAAAUAUGAACAAGACCUGACUGCAAAUAUGAACAACAAGAUUGAUUGAUUAAUUUCGCCUCUUGUUCCUCACCGCUGCUCGGCUACACUAGAGACAUGCAGAGCCGCGUCUUUCGCCUCCUGUUCCUGACUGCUGCUCGGACUAGAAACAUGAAGAGCAGUCGUCCCUUGGUCUUCCGCCUCCUGUUCCUGACCGCUGCUCGGCUACUUUUCCUUUACCUUAUUCACGGAGAAGAAGCAGGUGCUCGGCACGCAUGUUUUGGCAUGGGCAACGAUUGGAUGGAAGCGCAAUGCUGCAACACAGCCUCAUACGGUCCCCGCGGUCUCCGUCUUUGCUUUCAGAAUGCGCUUUCGUUCGAAUUUUGCUGUGCGCAUAUCAAGAAUGAAGAUGCUGCAUUUGGAACAAGUGCAAGUGGUGGAAGUAAAAAUACAGGAGGGACAUCGACUUCUACUUCAGCAACAUCAUCAAGCGGGACGCGUACUUCUUCAUCUAGUCUUGAAGAAGAUGGAGCAGCGUCUAGUUCGUCUACUUCAGAUGAAACGUCAGCUUCUGCCUCACGACUCUCAACACACAGAGAGGCAGACGCACAGCUGCACACAGAGGAGCACGAGGGAAUAAAAUAUCUCGAAAUAGCGGAUCCACAGCAAGGGUUUUUAGAUGGUUGCUCCUCUGUAAUGACGUGGAUUCCCAUGAUGCAUGCGGUAAUGUUACUUUCGAGUGUGUCUUACAGUACAAGCACAGGCGAAGUUGAGAAAAACUCAGACCGAGACGCGAUAAUAUCAAGCUUCUACUACAACGAUGCGGAAGAAGGAUCAAGCUCAAGGAGUGAUCAACGGCAAGAAGAAGGAAAAGAACAAGAGGUAGGAAAAGAACAAGAGGUAGCUAUAGAAGAAGGGCCUGCGAAUCCGAUAGAGGCUCAAGGAGUGAUCAUAGACGAUGGUCCUGCUGCACAUGGAGAUAAAGGUACACAAGUUGAGUUAAGGCCGCCAGUUGUACAACUAGUACCGCAUGAUUAUGUGCAAAGGCAAAGGCAUCCUGCUUCAUCUACUAUUUGUAAAUGUUGUUGUCGUGCGGAAGCUGCGGAGUAUUCAUCUUCUUGCUCUUGGCUCAACAGAAAAUUUGAAUUUGUUUAUGGUUCUUUGAAUGCAGAGGAAAGAUGAACAAGUAAUACGGCGCAUGAUCAUGCCAAGUAGCAGGUCCUCGUUGCCUCCCCGUACUUCUUCUAGGCCUUGUAGUACCACCAAUCGCUCUAAAAAUAGAGGAGCCGCUCGAAAGAGAUAGGUGCGGAAAAAAUGUAAGUCUCCUAAGAAGUCGAAGUACUUCUUGAGUACUUCUUGAUCCGUAGUCCUUCUUGAUCCGUUGAUAUGCGUAUACCACAAGCAUGUGGUCCAAGAACUGCAACCAAGACCAACAUUAUUUGUUCUUUAUGAAAGAUUUAAACAAGAUUUCAUCUAACUCAGCCACCAGCCAUCGACAGGCUUGUCCGUGUCUCCAGUCCAAGGCCCCUUACCGACAGACGUUCAAUGGCGAGCGGCGCAGAUCGAACGCUUAGUUCAAGAAAGACUCGGUUUUAGUAUGCCUCACUUACAUCGCGCAGUCAUGUUAAGGCCCGACCACCUGCCGCUAGUAGCAUUGUUAGAUAUGUUGUACCUAUACGAUAGAUACCACUCAUUGAGAGCGAAGAUAUGGGAAUGUCGUUCCACCUAAGUAAGGAGGGCCUAAAUGAGGGGAACGACAUUCCCUUAUCGACGUUCUCAAUGAGUGGAAGCAUUCUGUUGCUGCAUCCACCUCAGCCUCAGAUCUACAUGAGACGUCCCUGGCUUCUUUUUCACGGGAAGAAAGGAGCGUCCCAGCACUGCUGUGUCAAUUAAGGAAUAAGAUGUGACGCGUCAGCGCUUCUAAGCAUGGACUAUUUCCGCGUAGGGAGACUAGAUCUUGCUGUCAUUUCCAUGUUAGGAGACGUGAUUCGGCUGUUUCCCUACGCCUUCUCGCGGUGUCCCCUCGUAACGGCAGUGACAGUCUUACUCAAGUUAAGAACUCCUCAUCAUGGUACUUCUCUUGUUUCUUCACGUUGAAAAUAUCAAGAAUUUUUUUCAACUUGAGGAUCAUAGUACAAUUUGGAAGUAGUAGUAGUAGUAGACCAGCCCACGUGUUGAACAAGUUAAACUGAAACAAGUAGUACGCCCUUACUCCCGCAGAGUAGAAGAUCGCGCAAAGAAGUUGUUUCUAACUAUAGUCCAUCAACUUGGGGGUCAGGAUUUCGCGUCGGCAGUGGAAAUGUACGACUCUAUAGUGCUUCUUGUUGCAGAGGCUUUACGUGACGAAAAAGUGCCUUCGCUUGAAGCAUGGGGUUGGGACACGUUGAAAGCCAGGUUUCAUCCAGUAAAUACACGCAGUUUUCUUAAUAGGACAACUACAACGACCACAAGGAUGAGAUCAAUAAGAAGUACUGGUAGUACGAGUUCUUGUAGUACGCGUCCUAGUACGACGAGUUGUAGUACUUCAUCUUCAAGAGCUGUUGAGACACGCAUGAGUGGGACGAUUUUUACACCUUCUAGAAGUGCUCGUGCGAGUGCUACUACAAGUACCCAUCUGACAACAAGAAGGACAAUAGGUCUGAAAGAGCUGGCGUUUCACAAUUACCUUUCUUUUGCGGAGUCCGUGAUGUGCUGUGACUUUAUGCCGCGUUUGCGAGAAGGACUACGAGGCUUGGAAAUGAUUAUACCUUCAACAACUUCUAGUAUUGCUAUAGCUCCUGUGGUGGCACCACAACCACACUUGACGUCGGUGACCACUACGACUGCAUCGUCUGGCUUAUUUUCUGAUGAAGUGGAACCUCUACAACCUGUUUCUUCUGCGACGACUUCUGCCACAAGAACUUCGUCUUCUGUGAUUUCGAUUUUCACAGGAUUUCGACAGGCACAGACGAGUAAGGCCGCUGAUUCCUCCGUGGUAUCACUUCCUGAUGGUCGUUUUUCUCUCUUAACACAGCGACCGACAGUGGAUGUUGUCAUUCCCUAUUGCUGCGAGGAAAUCCUGGAAUUGGAUGUAGCACUCCUAAGCGUAACGCGUUUUUUCAUAUAUGACAUUUGCGGUUGCAGCCUCGAAAAAUUGCAGAAAGCAUUGAAGGACUGGAAUCCCGGUAAGACGUUCGAUGUGAAAGAAAUAGGCCCAGAAGAAGAUCAGGGAAAGGGAAUGGAAAGAAAUAAUAGGUGCGGAAGAUCAACAGAGGUACACCAUCGCGCGGAUCUUCAAGUAGAUUCAAACAUCUCUUCCUCAUCUUCCUCCAGAACAAAAAAUUCUUCUACAAUCAACAACAUCUACUAUGAUACGUCCUUAACAGAAAGUGUUCCGAGUGGUGAAAUAGUGGGUUACUUCUUCCACAUAUGGAAAAAUUACGAUGAUCUGUCGGAUUUGACGAUUUUUUUGCAUCCAGAUUACAAGGAGCAUGUCCGGGAAGCUGUGCUUGAGCGCUUAGCGGUGGCAAUAAACGGGAACCUGACGUGGAAUCAUCAGACUUUACGUUGAGGAUCUUCGUGGUGAAUCGGUCGUGUCCAUCUUCAUGGAGAUGGGGGAAGGUAGAAGUUUCUCUUUGAUAAGUAGAGGAUAAGCUCUAUCUUGGGUAGCAACACUUAGUCUUAGAGUCUAUGCCUAAGAAACCAGUUGUACUAGUGUUGCUCUUACACGACUUCGUCCUGCUCUAGUACUUGCUGUCGCUCCACCUCCCUCAUCCUCCACCUCCCCACUCUCUCACACACAACGACAACCUAGUACACAAGCUCUACUAGCUCUUCUAAGUACCAUUCCCUUUUGCUCUCUUCAGAAUGUCAACAAUGUUCUCUCUACACUAGCUCAUGCUUUUGCUCUCUUAAUAAGAAUGUCAAUGUGAAUGUUUCUUGUAGUUCCAGCACUAAUUUUCCACUUUAUGUAUCUUGGAUGGCGUCAUGAGAACCCGGUGGUCCCUGGUGGGAGAGUGGGCCCUCAUUGGAGUCGACACUGCCCCCACUACGAACGAAGUACGGGACGUCCUCUCACGCCCUGUCUUAAGGCUACUUGUUAUUGUCUACUAUAUUGAUUGUACUAUAUUCUCUUAAUUCUCCAUAUUAAUUCAUUCUCUAUGUUGUAUCCAUUUUAUUCUCUCCAUAUUAAUUCAUUCUCUAUGUUGUAUCCAUUUUCUCCAUAUAUCUCUCGAGGCUCGCUGAGAAGGAUUCACAACCUAGCCUAACCCUCAGUGCUCGUUGUAUCAGUAUCUCUCAGUUCUCAGUGCUGGUGCUCGUUCUAUCUCUCAGUCCUCGUACUUGUUUAUCUGGUAACAAUUCUCUAUCUCUCAGUGCAGCAGGGCUCGAUCUCGAUGUGCAGGGUUCACAACCUAACCUCUAUCUCUCAGUCCUCGUCUCGGGCACUUAAUAUCUCACACUUACCACGUUACUCAUAUAAUUGAGUUUGCGAAACAUCUUCUUUGGUUCCCUUUUGGCGAGUCCUUUAAAGGAAGGAAAAUUUCUUUAGAGCAUGAUGCUUCUCAUGAAGAUCAUGAAUAAGGUCUAAUUGUCGCUUCGAUAAUCUCGCAUUUGCGAACGUGGUGCGUCGUGUGAGUCGCAACGUCGUUGGUGAUUAUAAUCUUAAGGGUUGUAGAGAUUUUUCAAAUAAUGGCGAACGAAGGUUGUAGAAGAACAAGAUCAGGUGUAAAAACUGACUUCUUCUAAAUAUCCUGAGCUUCUACGAAGGAUCUGGCGGAUCCUUUUUCAAGAGGAAUUUGACACCAGGGUAGACGACUUUGGGGGAUAUGAUUUUAACCAAUUUCUGGUCAGUCGUGAGCGAGUUCACGAAUCAGGUGCUCGGUCCUGGUACAAGCAUGUGGCUUAUCAACUUUAAGAGGAGCAGAUGAUGAAGGGAAUGAUAGUGAAAAAAAAGGAAUGUUGAUAUGUACUACGUAGUGAAGUGAAUGUAGUAAGAGAUGAGUAGAAUAAAAAUCAAUUAUAGAGUUUCUUUAUUUACUUUUACUGACCUACGGUUUCGGUUGUUUGGGUUGGGACUGGGAUAAAAUAUAAAAAUGAGAGUGCAAAUGGCUUUUCCUCCCUAACCCCAAGUAAACCACAGUGCUCCUUUAGAGAUUAUCAUAUUCUAGUGCAGGGUUAGACUAAUCUAAUAGUCGCAAGCGUUAGAAAGCUACCGCGACCUGCGCACUACUAGUACAACAUUGGCGGGAACGACGAGAAGCAGGAGAUUCUCACGACGUUCGCAUACAACUGAAGCAACUUCAGUAGAGAAGAGAAAAACUUCUAGGAGGACAUCAAGAUCAACAUCUUCAAGAAGAACGUCAAGAAGAAGUAAACGAGCAAGGAGUGCUGGUAGUAGAGGCAGUAGAACAAGAGAACUGCAACAAACUGAUGAGGAACUGCAAGAACUGGACAAACUACCUGCCUUCUCUACUGAGCGGGAAGAGGAUGACGAGGAUCAUGAUGAACAAGAUCGAGAAGAUGAAGAUGAUGAACCUAGUAGAAGACAUGAGCAUGAGCACUCAACAGUAAGAAGAAGUAGAAGACACCCAACAGUGGAAACGUUUGUAUCAGAACGGGUAGAUCUUACACCAGGAACUAAGUUCAAUAAAGGAGUGUGCAUAUGGUUCGAACACCUCUGGCAUCUGAUUUUUGGAGACGAGGAGGCUAGAUGGCGACCCAAAUCCGAAAGACACGAUGUUUUCCUUCAUGAAUCGACUUCCGAAUCUUCUGAGGAAAGACACGAUCAUGAAUCCGGCUCCGCGUCGACGAACAACUACGAAAGCAAUGUGGUAACAACUGCGAACGAUGUGGUAACAGCUCAGUCUGAUCUGAGGUGGAAAGCAGAACAAGAGUCCUCCAGGAGAAAGAUUAUGGUUAUGCCACGUUAGAGAUAAGUUAAAGUUUCAAAAGUUUAAAUUUAAUAUGAGAAUAUCUGCUACUUCGGCAACUCAACACCACGUACACGUACUUAAAAGUAGUUAUCUUCUUCUGCAAGUGCAAUCAGAUAGUUCCUCUGUGGUCAGAUAGAAGUUCCUCUGUAGUAUAUAGAUCAGAUAGUUCCUCUGUAGUAUAUAGAUCAGAUAGUUCCUCUGUAGUAUAUAGAUCAGAUAUAUCGCGAGAAAAAACGUUAUCAUUAUCGUUUUUUUGAAUUUCUCAGAAAAGCAUGACAUGGAGCACUGCGAUCCUGGGGCUUUUCGCCUUGCGAUGGGCAAGCCGGCCCUCCCUCCACGAGGUGCCGCAGCAGACGCUGCGCUCCUCCUCCCAUUGGCGCGGCCCUUCACUCAUGGCGGGGCUUCAUGGUACCGCUAAGCUCAAAGGCCGCGACCUCCGCUUACGCACGCCCGUGGGGCAGUGGCGUGGCCUGGCCCUGCAAACUUAUCCGCAAAAGUAGCACACCGCGGGAACCAAGCGCGGCGCACUCGGAAAGCAGCCCCGCUGGCAAUCGUUGGGGCGAUUCCUGGGGGCAAGCAAUAUGAAACGCCAAGCCGAUCGAAUGGAAGCCGCGACGCCACUUCGCUCAAGCUCCAAGGAGGCGAGGAGACGACCGAGAGCCGCAGACGCGCGAGCGGCUGAAGGGGUCAGUUGGAGGGGGUGUUUGAGGGGGGUCCUUGUUUUCAGGGACCCCAUUUGAUAAGACUUCUGGCGCCCGACAGAUAGGCGAUAAGGCUUCUGGCGCCCGACAGUCUUCGCCGAAGCCCAGAAACACACUCUAAAUUUUCAGAACCUCGAGGGGCAAGCGGGUGACAGGUGGGCGCCUUUUCUGCUUGCUCGUUAUCGCGUUUUUGGCGAGUGUUUGGAGGGGUCGGCGGAGGGGGGCGGCGGACCACCUCCGGCCCGGCUAGAGGACCAGAGCGGCCACAGCAGAAAGGAGGCCGAGGCGCUAGAGGUCGGAGGAGGUGGGGCGCCAGAGGUGGCGGAGCAGCCGCAAGCAGCAGGGCUGCAGGCCAUCCCCUGACACUCGGGCCCCAGAUUCGCGAGGGGACGAGGAAACAAGCUACACGCACGCGCGUCUGCCAUUGCUGGAAGCGCCUCCCGGAGAGCGCAGCACCACCCAGCAGCCAGAGCAGGACAGCAGCGCGCGCGGCGCCGCUGUUUUGUUGUCCGAGUCAUGGGAAGCGCAGCCCACCCACAGACGCGCCAAGAGGAAGCGGCGAACGCUGGCGCCCCUCCAUUCUUAUGCCCACGCGCACAGCGUCCCGCCAAUGCCUGGGAUUUGUUAUCCCAAUCUGAAAAAAUCAAAAAAACGAUAAUGAUAACACUUUUGCCUGCGAUAAGAUAGUUCCUGUGAUGUAGUCCAUGUCCUGUGUCUCGUCUAAACUACUCAAUCGAGGACCUAGUAAAACUUUUCUGACUGCGAGCGAAAUUGUAGCGCGGAUUCCAUAUCGUGCAGUGGUCGACUUCGAACUUGCUGAGAAGGAGGACAUUGACUUAAGAAGAAGCACUCGUAAAAAAUAUCAGAAUAAAUUCAAGUUAUACUUAUACUCCACCUUCAAGAACGUUAUACUUAUACAUAGAAUCCACUCGUAAAAAAUAUCAGAAUCCACCUUCAAGAACUAGAACACUUUCACUCUCUCGUCCCGUAGUCGUACGCAGAACAAAUUCAGCACUUAUUAUCUUUAUCUACUCAUCAUGCUCUAAGAGGAACUUUUUCGGACGGCGCCAGCAGGAAAAAAUCGAAGAAACUUCUAGCAGAGACGCGUCGCUAUCUAUCUCAUACGAGAUGGGACGAUGUUUCUCUGCCAUUGGCGUUUCGUUCCUACGUGGAUAGCGUUCAAAUGCACAAGUAUUAUGGUGCUGAAUCAGUCGACGAAUUGUCUACUUCUAUUAAAUACCACCUUUAAUAGCUACUCUAGUAAAGUUAAUCUAAAUCAAAAUCUAUCGAAUAAACUAAUUAUAAUGAUAAUUGCAUUUUCGUUCUUCCUUGUUGUGGGUGAGUGGGUGCGUCACGAAGAUUCUUCAUGUUCAUCAGACUCAGAGACAGAGGUUUACUACUUUUAUCAGCUGCUAUAACUGCAACUGCUCUACCUCUUCUAACGAAAUCUGCUCAGGGCAAACGAGUCGUGUGCCUACUUGAAUAAAUGCUUGCCGGAAAUCAGGAUGAUGCUGUAGACGGCAUCGAGAAGCUGCCUCAUCGAGUUUGAUUCUGAUUUUUUGAAGAAGAUGCUUUAAAUUGAUGAAGAAGAUGCCCUGAUUUGUGCUGAAGAUGCUUUGAAGAAGAUGCUUUGAAGAUGAGCAUUCAAGCAUAAGGCUCACGACUCAAAAAUUCUGAUGAUUGUCUCACUCUUGCUUCAUCGGGAAACUCCAGCAGCGGUUGUUGUUCUUGUUCUUGUUCUGGAGAAACAUGAUUCUGGAUCGUCAUAAUCUGAAACUGAAGGUAGGACAAGACGAAGUUGA